AUGGCGCACCAAACGAAUAUAGCCGACACGGACUCAUGGAACCCGGCGUUACGGCCCGAGAACGGCGACCCCGCAAACACCACAUCUACAACCGAGGGGGGUCUAUCGGAUCUCAUCGCGGCAGAUGACUCGCAAGACAAGCCCUUAGCGGAUGUGAUUUCCCCACAGAGUGAGGACUUCUCUGCUUGGGAUAUCUCGGAUGAGAUGGAUGCGACUCCCGCUCAAUAUUCAAAUAUGGACGGUGUUGUGAACAACGCAUCGCCUACAGUGGGAGAAGAGCAACACGUGGAGAUCGAUACACUGAAUAGAAGUGAUGUAACCCCGGAUAGCACGAUCAAACAGGAAGCCGAAAUGACCUCACGUAUCGAGUCUGCACAAGUCGAUCCAGCACCGGUAUCGUCGGAGACAUAUCCUACGGAGCCCGUGCCCAGCCAGCCCGAAGAGCACCAAACCCAAACCCACAUUUCGCAUGAGACAGCCCAAGGCACGCAAUUCACUAAGGAAACCGCUUUAUCUCAUGAAACCCAGUUCCCGGACCCUGUCGCCCCGGAGUUGACCUUUAUCAGAGAAUCUACACCUCCCACAGAUGGCCAAACUCAUGAAUCCGAAGCUGUGCCAGCAUCAGUUCCAGACAACGGUAACGGCCAGACUAGCCCGGUGAAAGAUUUCUUCCCUGAAUCCGAUGAAGCGAAUGCCGACCCCGAGGACCCCUGGGCUUCAUUUGAGCAGCAACUGAGCGGUGCUUUGCCUUCUAGCGAGGAUGCCCCGGCGAGCGAACCCCAGCCAAUUGAUAUUGAGCCCGAAUCCACUGUGAAUGCCCCACAGAGCCCUGAUGAGUCCGCUGCCCUCGGAGAGCGUGUGCCAGAACCUGCUCAGGACCUUGCGGCUGUUGAAGCCUCAUCCAACCCAGAGAGCAGCGUUGCUCCUGUGCCUGCGGAACAGGCCUCUCUUCCAGUGGACAACAGCGUGGAGCCUUCUCAUGCCGCACAGGACCCCCAUGCGUCCCACGGGUCAGAUUUAGAUACAGCUGCCGGGGAGUCGAAGACGAACGGGGACCGACUCAGCUGGGCCCACGAGACAGGUGGUGAGGUCGAGUCGGGGGAUGAAUUUUUCAACCAACUGAACAGCCAGACAAAGCCCAUCUUUGCGCCACCAGAAUCUGAGUCUAGGUUUGAAGAAGGUGUCCCUUUGCUGGAAAACUCUGCGCCAGCUUCGCCCGAACAACCGUCAGACACGAAACCAUCCAUCGACAGCAUAUUUGCCAACGAUGAAGAUGUGGCUGAUGACUUCUUUGCCACUGGAGCGCAAACGGAGGAGCAGAAUGAAGGGGAUGCCUUCUUCAGUUCUAUAUCACAGCAGAAAGCCGAAGAAGCACCAAAUUCCCACCUUACUCGGAAGAGUACGUCACAGGUAUUGGAGUCUGCUGGGUUUGACAUUAGCUCUCCUGUGAGCGAUGUUUCUGCUGCGGCACAAUUUGAGGACCUGCUUAAAGGCGUGACGUCCGAACCAGCGGCGCCGAACGAGCCACUUCCCACGGCCGAACCUACGGAGGAAGAGCUCGCUGCACGCUGGGAAGCUGAAUUGGGUGAUUCGCCCGAUGACGAUCUUGCCGCGCGCUGGGAAGCAGCUUUGGAUGACGAUGAUAUCCUGUUGGAAGCGGAGGCCACACAACCAGUCCCCGCGCAGGAACCAAUCCAGCAAACCCCCGCACAGCCUGCGAGUGGUUUAACGUUGGGCCUGAGUAGUCCUUUCCAAACUCCCCAGCCGUACUCUCAACCAAGACAGGAGCCGAGCGUAUACACGCCCCACCAACCGUCAACGUCAGACCUUCUCGGUGGAAUCCCUCUUCCAGGAACUGCGCCGCCAACGACUGGUGCGAUGUCGUCGUACUUUUCACAAAAGCCCGUCAAUCCCGUGGCGACUAGGGGGGAGAGCUUUGCGGAACAGUCAAAACAGGGCUACAAGUCUCCCUACGACCUCCCGGACGAUAUCUCACGACCCCGAAAGCCUUUGGUAACCCACAAGCCUGCUGCGCCGGUAGUUAGCAGCAUGCCUCCUCCUCCCCUCCCAGGGGCGGCCGGUAUGCCACCUCCAACAACUGGCUUCCCUCGUCCAUCAGCACCCCCUGUGGCAGCAGCUCCGCCUCCUGCACCGAAAAAUUUCUACGAAGAGCUUCCGAUGCCACCACCAAGAUCCCGACCUUCUAGUUCCGGUCGUUAUACUCCUAAUCCGUCGGUGGCUCCGACAGCAACUGCACCGCCGCCAUUUUCCCAGCCGCCUCAAAAUCCAUACGCAUCUGUCGGAUCGUCGCUUCCCCCUCAGCACCAAUAUCCACCCACGGCAUCGGCUAUGGGCCCACCAGGUCAGGUGGCGCCUCCUGCUGCACCACCAGUGGCCCAGCCAAUUGGACUCCCAGCUCCAAACGCGCUUCAGCCACCCGAACAGUUGGAUCCGUACGCUAGCUUGGCAUCAAGUGCCCCGGCUGGUCCACCUGCUAUCUCGAGAUACUCGCCUCACCCGCCUGGGUCACAGGCCUCAUCGAAACCACCUUCCUCGUCGAGAUACUCCCCUGCGCCACCUUCCAGCUCUGGAGGUCGCAAUAGAUAUGCGUCACAGCCGCUAAAUGUCCCCGGUCAGAACCUGCCAUUCCAACCGCGUACAUCAAGUCCCCUCGCGUACCACGAGAAGGUGUCUUACCAGCCUGACCAGUCACACAAACCGCCAACGCUUGAACCGGCGAUCAACCUUUCUCCGCCGCGCUUGCAGGGGACUGGAUUUGAUACCAUGUCAAACCCUUAUGCCCCACCGCAAUCCGGUGGCCCUAUUGACUUCGCUCGGAGAGAGUCUGCUGGCUCUCUUGUGCAGGGGUCUCCGCCACAGGGACGCUAUGCUCCGCAAGAGUAUAUUAAUGAGUUUGCUCAGAGACUUGCGCCAACAUCUAAUUACGCCCCUGCCCCCGCAGCGACAACUACGGCUUUGUCACCUCCACCUGGCGAUGCUCAGAUGGGCUCCAUUUAUAGGUCUCAAACGCAGUCACCUAGCCGUGGCAUGCAUAGCCCUCGCUCAUCUGGGCCAACUAUUGAUACAGUCCAGCGACCUGCUUCAGUCCAUGCUUCGGGUUCACCAACCAAGGUUGCUAACCCGUAUGCUCCUGCUCAGGCGCCAUCUCACAAUCGUGCUGUGACCCAGCAUUUGCAAUUCAUUGCACCUAAUGAUGGCCAGGAGCAGGAUCCCCUUGAGCGAUGGAAGGGUGCUCCCAUCUUCAAAUUUGGAUUUGGAGGUUCCCUCGUCUCCUGUUUCCCGAAGCACACUCCUCGAUACUCAGCUGGGCAAGUUGCUCCGAUGAUUAAACCCACACCAGGCGAAACGAGGAUUUCUCAGUUGAAUGAUUGGCUCCCAUCUGUUGACACCCUGGUCCAGCAUCCUGGACCCUUGAAGACCAAGUCCAAAAAGAAGGACCUUGUUGCCUGGCUUUCCAGCAGGAUCGCGGCUUUCGAAAACGUUGGUGUGCCAAGCUUCGAUCAAGUUGAGUCUGAUACCUACAAGCGGCACGACGAGAAGACCCUUCUCUGGAAGGUUGUCAAACUUUUGGUAGAAAACGAUGGUAAUCUCGAGGGUUCGUCUGAGGUUCAAAAGUCUCUCCGUCAGGCCAUCUUCCCCAACCUACCUGCUCCAGAUGCAGAUGGAUCAUACGGCAGCAAUUUUGCUUCGAAUGGAUUCAGCUCUGCAGACAUGGGCUCGCAGCCUGAUAGUCCUGACACCCAAUGGAUUGAAGAACUUCGUCUCCAUCUGAUCUCGGGUGAUCGGGAAAAGGCCGUCUGGGGUGCUGUCGACCGCCGCCUAUGGGGACACGCGAUGCUUAUUGCAUCCACCAUGGACAAGUCGAUUGGUAAACAGGUCUCACAGGAAUUCAUUCGCCGGGAGGUCAGAUCCAAGAGUGCAAACUCUGACUCGCUCGCCGCACUUUACGAGAUUUUCGCCGGCAACAUUGAAGAAAGUAUUGACGAGCUAGUUCCUCCAUCUGCCCGAGCAGGAUUGCGAUUGGUUAGCAAGUCCAAUGGCCAGGGGGCUACCAAGAAUGCUCUCGAUGGAUUGGACAAAUGGAGAGACACCCUUGGCCUGGUGCUGAGCAACCGGAGUUCCGAGGACCACCAAGCUCUGCUUGCCCUUGGAAGGUUGCUUGCAUCUUAUGGACGCACCGAGGCUGCUCACAUUUGCUUCAUCUUCUCUCGCUCUGCUGUAUUCGGUGGUCCCGAUGAUCCGCAGGCCAACGUCGUACUUCUUGGCGCUGACCCUCAGCGUUCGCCCUCCUCUUUGCUAGACGAAGAUGCGAUCAUGCUGACUGAGGCAUACGAGUAUGCCACAUCCGUCCUUGGUACCUCCACAACAUCCGGCAUGCCUCACCUACUGUCAUUCAAGCUCCUGAAUGCCAGGUGUCUCGUUGACCGGGGUCGCAACACAGAGGCACAGGCCUAUUGUGACGCAGUUGCAUCCGCAUUGAAGGCAACUACACGCCCUUCUCCUUACUAUCAUCAGCACCUUUUUGCGGAAGUGGAGGAGAUGAGUGCACGACUGCGCCAAACAACUACCGACAGUGGCUCCUGGAUCUCGCGACCGAGCAUGGAGAAGGUCUCAGGCUCUAUGUGGGCCCGUUUCAAUAGUUUCGUCGCGGGCGAUGACAGUGAUGCCGCGUCUACCGGAUCUGGCAAGGGUGAGCAAGGGGAUGUUGGUCCCUUCGCAAAUGUGGCUGGAACUCCAACUAUCAGCCGCUCACCAUCAGUGUCUGACAUCUACGGUUCUUACCCUGGACCCAGUGCCGGGGCACACCCAAUCCCAGCAGGUGGUUCCUCCAAGUACCACCCAUCCAGCCAGUAUGCGCCGAACGGGUCCCCUGAGCAGUUCAAGGGUCGCUCUUCCAUGGACUCCCAGCGGUCCAACCCAUACUUCCCCCAGCAGGACGUCGAAUUAUCGCCAUCACUGGAUGGACAGAUGUCCUACGGAGGUCCGAUCUACGGAUCUCCGAAUGCUUCUGGGGCUGGGGCGGGCUACCAGCCCACCCCGCCGUCGUCUUCCUACGUGCCUCUUGCUCCCGUGGAAGAAGCUUUAUCCCCAGCAGAGGGCCCUGUUGCCCCUCAACCUAUGAUCAAUGGUCUCUUUUACCAGCCGCCAGGACAGCCCGCUGCAUCCACCGAGUCUCCUUAUUACCAAGGACCUCCAGGUAUGCCAGCUGGCGGACAAGCCUCAGAGUCGCCUUACGCACCUCCCACCGCGAACUCUUCAUAUGAUCCCAUCGGCGCUAGCUCUUCUUACGAACCCGUUGGCACCAGCUCCUAUGAACCUGUUGGCGGUAGUUCCUUCUACGAGCCGGCGAGUGCAGAUACAGGAAUGAACGAUGCCAGUCAGAACGACGAGGACUCGUCGAUCUCUGACGAGCAACCCAAGAAGAAGUCGAUCAUGGACGAUGAUGACGAUGAUCUUGCUGCCCGAUCGGCGGCUCUCCAAAAGGCGGAGAAUGACCGUCUAGCAAAGGAGGCAUUUGCUAAGGCCGCCGAAGAAGAUGCCAAAAAGGGAUCUCAGCCAGGCAAGAAGGGCUGGUUCGGUGGCUGGUUCGGCGGAGGAAAGAAAGAAGAGAACAACACUGGUGGUGGUCCCAUUCGAGCCAAGCUUGGCGAAGAGAGCUCCUUCUACUACGACAAGGACUUGAAGAAGUGGGUUAACAAGAAAGACCCCGGAAGUGCCGCGCCAGUCCGCGCCACCCCACCUCCUCCCCGAGGCUCUGCCCCUCCCAGUCGCACCGCGAGCUCAGGCAGCGUGCCUCCCAUGGGGGUCCCACCAGUGCCUUCACUGCCUCCAAUGUCUGCCUCUGGCAGCCGGCCCCCGUCCUCUUCCAGUGCAGCGCCUCUUUCGUCGAGCCCAGGUAUCUCUGGGUUGGCGGCGCCGCCUCUCCCCCGUUCUGUCUCCACUGGCGGUUCUAUGCCCACGCCACCUGGUAGCUCCAGCGGACCACCGCCGCGCCCUUCGUCUUCCUUGACCCACGCCAGCUCCAUCGAUGACUUGAUCGGAGCGCCUACGGCUCGCAAGGGUAACACCGUGCGCGGAAAGAAGAAGGGUCGUUACGUUGACGUGAUGGCUCAAUAA